AGAUCUUGUUCCUCGUUUUCUAAAUAUUUUCCAACUGUCUGGUCAGCGACGUAGUGCGUGCCAGUCCCUGACGUUCGGCAACCUUGGAACACUUCCACGUCCGCGCGCCUACUGACUCGAUCCUAGUCACCACAUUAUCCCAUCAUGUCCCUCUCGACGAUCCCAUGUUCGAUCGAGACGAAGAACCAGUCUCAACGCACCACCAAGGAUGGCCGUCGCGUUCGCUAUGAGAUGCAGGUGAUCCAGCAGCCCGAGCGUGCCCGUGCCUGUGGAAGCGGUGCCAAGUCGAGCGCUGACCGUCGCCCUGUUGAUCCUCCGCCGAUUGUCGAGCUGCGCAUCUAUGAGAACGACCAGGACGUCACUUUUGCCUACAACGCCAACUUCUUCCUGCACGCCAGUCUCGAGAAUGCCCGUCCCAUUGCUGCCAGCCGUGGUGCGCAGCCCAUGUCUGGCACCCCGGUCCUGACCGGCACUCCUGUCGCUGGCAUGGCCUACCUCGACCGCCCAACGCCCGCUGGAUACUUCAUCUUCCCCGAUCUGUCCGUCCGCCACGAGGGCAAGUACCGUCUCAGCUUCGCCCUGCUUGAGAACCUCAGCGAAGUCAAGGAUCUGGACCCCAACGACCCGAACGUCAUUCAUGACGGCAACCGUUUUGUCACCAACCGCUGCGAGGUCAAGUCGGCGCCUUUCACCGUCUUCUCGGCGAAGAAGUUCCCCGGCUUGUCCGAAAGCACUGCACUCAGCCGCAUGGUCGCCGAGCAGGGUUGCCGUGUCCGCAUCAGACGCGAUGUCAGGAUGAGGCGUCGUGAGAACAAGAGUACGAAAGAGUGGGACGGCGGCUAUGAUGAGAAUGACGAGUACGGGCAGCAGGCUCGACGCACCGCAACGCCCGAGGCUUACGGUGGGCAACCUGGCAUGCCAGCACCCGGCCCCCAUAUGGAUGAACGUCCCCGCUCCGUCUCGGAUGCCAGUAACUCGUCUCUAGUUCCUCCUCGCCGUCCGAGUAUGGAAGAGAUGGCUCAGACCUACCAGCAGCCAAGCACCAACUACCAGCAGAUGGCCCCGCCACAAAGUGCUGGCUACCCUCACAUGCCAAGUCAGCCCCAAUACCAGCCUCAGUACCAGCAGCAACAGCAGCAGCAACAGCAGCAGCAGCAACAGCAGCAGCAGCAACAGCAGUACGUUCCGCCGCCAACGAGCCACAUGAUGCAGCCUCCUCAGCCCUCGUAUUCGCAGCCCCCACCUCAACAACAACCUCAACACCAGCAACAGCCUGGGUACAAUGGAUACCCCAAUCACACCCCACAAAUGCCAAUGAACCAGUCUUACGGUUAUUCGAGCCAUCAUCAACCACAGCAGUCUCACUACGAACCUCGCCAGGAACAGCCAGCUGCCCACCAUCAACCGAUUGACUACCGCAGGCCUUCCAUCCCCCAACCGACUCAGCAAUACGCCCCUUCAAGCCAGUCGCAGCUGAUGUCACCGUACAGCCCAGUGGACCCUUACCAACAGCGGUCGCAGUCCUUGAGUCAGCCUCAACCGCCAAUGCAGCAACCUCUCCGUGCCUCUUCGAUCUCCGGUCCAAGCGCAAUGCGCCCACAGAACACUCACCCUCUGCCAACAUUGAAGCCGCUGCAACCACCAAUCGGCGCCGAGAAGCUCGAACCAGUUUCGCCCUCGUACCACUCGCCAAUGAAUACGACAUCUUCCGGUUCCAUAUCUGCUAACUCCGAUGCCUCCCGAUCCAACUACGCUCUGCACAAUUACCCUGCGACAAACCUCCCACCGAUGUCGGCUUCCACCGCCCAAAAGCGAUCCUUCUCAUCUACAUUCGAUCAGAGUCACAUGAGUGGCCGCUUGACAGGAGGAGCACGACCUGUACAGUCCGGUCCAGGGUACACUUACGACGAGCAGCCAGACAUGGAAGAGCCAAUGGACCGAGCUGCUAUGAGUUACAGGCGAGCAGAUGGAACACAACGUCAACGUCAUGUUCCCGAAGUAAACGUCUAGGUCUAAUCCCUCACUGCACUCGGCCAAUGUGCCUUUCUUCGAUCUAUUGCUCUGCGACUGUACCUUGGAGUACUGGAGUAUUGGAGUCCGGCGCCAUCUGACUUUUCUU